AUGGCGGACCUGAUUCGAGACGCGCCAAUUGGGCAGCUGAUCCGCCAUCUCACAAACAACAAGUUCUUACUGUAUCCAGAAGAGAAACCCGACUUCCUCUAUCCAACCGGCUAUCCAAAAUCAGGCCCAAAGGAAGAUGUGCAUCGAGUAGUGUCGUCCUCGCACGAGCCAGCAGUGUCGCCGGUCACCGAAGAUAGCGAGAAAGAGGACCCGCUUGAUGUCGAAAAAGAAGAAGCGGCAGAAGAAAACGCAACACCAGAGACACCUCACAUUCUCGGAACCAAUGAUACAGAUCACCACGCUUAUCAUGCUUUGUACACAAUACCGACCGCGCGCUCUGACGUCGAACGACCGUUCUCGAAAGAGGAUCUCGAGAAGCUGUCGUCGACGAGGAGUCAGAUGGAACGAAUCGGCACGAGAGCUACUCUUCAACAAGCUCAUACCAUUGCGGACCUUACGGCAGCAUUCACCGCAUCAACUAUGACUAAAGAGCCUUCGAGAACAAUACUACCACAGCGCACAAGCGAAGGCGACGUCUUGGUCGACUGGUACACCGAAGACGACCCGGACAAUCCGCAGAACUGGAGCUCCGGUAAGAAGUUCCUUGCCAGCCUCAUGAUUUACGUCUACACAACGGCUGUCUACAUGGGGUCCUCCAUCGUCACUUCGUCCACAGAAGGCAUCAUGCACGAAUUCCAGGUUGGACCGACUGCCACGAGCCUGGACCUUGCUCUCUACACCCUAGCAUACGGUAUGGGACCUUUGAUCUUCAGCCCCUUAUCGGAGAUCCCCUCGAUCGGCCGCAAUCCACCAUAUAUGAUCACCAUGGCCAUCUUCGUCAUUCUGUGCGUCCCGACCGCUCUGACCCCUACCUUUGCGGGUCUACUGGUGUGUCGUUUCCUGCAGGGAUUCUUCGGAUCGCCAUGUCUGGCAACGGGAGGAGCUUCUUUGCAGGACAUGUACAGCCUAAUCAAGCUGCCGUACGUCCUCUGUAUCUGGGCGUUCGCCGCGACUUGCGGCCCCGCACUCGGCCCUCUCAUCUCAGGCUUCUCUGUCGCAGCCGAAAACUGGCGCUGGUCUCUCUGGGAAAUGCUGUGGCUCGCUGGCCCAGUCUUCUUAGCCAUGCUGCUCUUCCUUCCUGAGACCUCAACGGCCAACAUCCUCCUCCGUCGCGCAAAGCGUCUACGAAAACUGACUGGUAACUCUCACCUGAAAGCCCAGUCGGAGAUCGACCAGGCCAACAUGAAGCCUAAAGAGAUCGCCUUUGAAGCUCUCGUGCGUCCCAUCCAGCUCAUGGUACUGGAUCCUGCGAUCGGCUUCGUCUCCGUCUACAUUGCACUCUGCUACGGCAUCUACUAUUCCUUCUUCGAAGCUUUCCCACUGGUCUACGUCGCCAUGUACGGCUUCAACCUGGGCGAACUUGGACUCCCUUUCCUCUCCAUCAUCGUCGGAGUCCUCAUCUCCAUCGCCAUCUUCUGGGCGUAUCUAUGGUACUAUCUGGAGCCUCAGAUCCGCAGAUAUGGUCUCGGUCCACCAGAGCAGAGACUUGUACCCGCACUUUUCGCUUCUUUCCUGUGUCCAACGGGACUGUUCAUAUUCGGAUGGACAUCGAAUAAAGACAUCCACUGGAUUGUGAGCGUCAUCGGGAUCAUGAUCUUUACCAUCGGGAUCUUCAUCAUCAUGCAAUGUAUCUUCGUAUACCUCCCUCUGUAAGUUUUCCCCCCAUCUUCAAACUGGACGUCUCACACUAACCACUCCUCUCGCAUAGUGUGUAUCCUCAAUACGCCGCUUCCCUCUUCGCCGGCAAUGAUUUCGCGCGUUCCACACUAGCCUUCGCUGCCGUCCUCUUCUCCCGACCAAUGUACAUCAACCUAGGCAUUGGACCCGGAACGAGUCUCCUGGGUGGUCUGACAGCGGGCUGUGUCGGCGGCGUCUUCGCGCUGUACUACUUUGGAGAGAAACUGAGGGCGAGGAGUAGAUUCAGUGCCAAGUGA